CAGUUUCAAAGAAUGCUUUCCUCUCAGGAGAAGAAAGAGCAAAAGGUCACAUUUUUCCAAUCUUUAAGCUCCAAAUUCUUUCUUUGGAGGUCCUAAGGGAGUCAACCUUUGGGAAUCUCAUCAAUUUGCAGUACCUUUGUGAAAAUGGACGGAUACAUAAACUUGCAAACAGCAUCUGUUGGCCUACCUUUAUGUUUCAGGAAUUUCAGCAGCAGGGGAUAAAUUCAUUUUCACUUGAUUCUCAAUUUGUUAAUCUGAAUAGUUCACAGGAGACUUCUCAAAGAAUUUUAUCAGAUGGAUUUCCUGCUCUGGAUCUAACUGAAGAUGUUGAUUUGAAGUGGAAAGAUUAUGCUAUUAUGCUGAGCAAUGCACUCUGUUCAUUCCUACUUAAUUCUGAAGACGUAACAUCUAGUCAGAACCAUGUCACAGUCAGUCAAAGUUCAUUGUCUGUUUCCUUGGCCUACAGGGAACUUUCGAUAAGAUGGUUCAUGAGGGUUCUUCUCAUUGUUUUCCCAUGCAUUAUAGCUUGUUCUAAUGAAAGUGUGCUUCCAAGCCAUAUCAAGAUCCUAGCCAAUACUUUGCAGCUUUUCAUUCUUUUUGCAUUUCGAAAGCUUCUUGGUUUUGCACCUCCUUUAAUCAAGGUCUUUCGGGAAGAGGGUGUAUGGGACCUUAUAUUUUCUGAGAAAUUGUUCUAUUUUGGACCAUUUAUGGAAGAAAUUGCAUUGGAGAUUGCCAGACGUUCUGAAGGAAUUAUGAUAAAUUCUGAACUACUUUCUAGCUUGGAGGAUUCCAUGAUCCAGGCAAAAGCAAAUGAAGUUGACAUUCUUCAAGUUGAAGCAGUUUCCUUCCUGGAGUUUGGUGCUACACUCAGUGGAAACAACAAUAAUCUCGUAUGACACUCCUCUUGCACCAAGAUCAUUAUGUGUAAUAUAUGAGCAUGCCUUGUCCAGUAGGAUUACAUGCAUAACAA